AUGGCUAAAUUCUGCGAAUCUACGAAGAAGUUAAAACUGACACAAGAAUCGUCUCCAGACAAGACACCAAGUCCCCAGUAUCUGAGCGUGGAUGAAACCAAGCGCCCCAGGGCCAACUCUGACCCCGUUGGCCUUCACCUUCACAUCAACCCUGUACCCGAAAUUACAGUCACUGGAGAAGACUGUCGAGAUGGCGGACGUACUGAGGACGAUGAGGAAGAUUCCUUUCUCAUUCCUCCUUUUCCUAGACGCCGGGCCAAUACUUGUCCAGAAGAUAUGUUUCGGGUCAGUCGAGGACGACCUCCAACACCACCUCCAACAGAUCUCAGAAUCCUGCGAAAUUCAGCAGGUAAACGCUUCUCGUUCAACUUCAGUCCUAAAGACAUCAGCAGUAUAUCUUUCGCCCAUCACAAAUUGAGCAAAGUCAGUGAAGAGAAGCAGGAACAACAACCAAAACUUCACUCUGAACAAGAGUGUGUACCCCUGGUAAGCACUCCAUCGACCUCCUGUAGCUGUUCAUCAGAGAUCAGUGGCAAAAACCCUGAACCAGCAGACCCCGUCUCUUGCAGGCUACACUCGAGUGUGAAUUAUUCUGAAGCACACGCUGAACAUUCAUCUGAUCAGCGUGUAAUUACGCAGAUGAGUGGCCUGUCUGUAGCAGAAAGUGUGGCCGACACGACCAACAAGAAGAAAACUUUCACGGAAACAACACUUAACGCAGACGUGCUUACUAACUCCCAGGACUCGUGGAAAUCGAAAGAUAAUUCCAGGGACAGUUCGGACAGUCAAAGACUGAAAGCUUAUUGA